AUCGACCACAUCGCAACGACGUCCCGCAAACAUAGACACGAAGUGGUUAGACGGCACCCAUACUCCGCACAUAAUGAGGAUGAACGGAGGAUGCAGGGCCCACCGAUGAAGGUUUGGUGGCUCUGGAGCGUGGAUGGGUGGAUCAGCGGACGGGUUGGCAAAAGAAUGAGCAUAGUAUAAAUAUCCCUAUGUCCUUCUUCUGGUACUGUUCCUUGGUACCGUGUCCUAAGACUCUUCUCACUUUACUUUGCUGUGUAUCCGAGUCGCUACAAGCUGCUUUACCAUGUCGUACGAUACAGAAGUCCUCAUCAUAGGCGCGGGCAUGAGUGGCCUGGGCCUUGCAGUCCAGAUCAUUCGAAAGUAUGGUCUUCGCAACUUUGAGCUCAUCGAGAAAAGUGAUGAUGUCGGUGGUACCUGGCUGGCAAAUACAUACCCAGGAUGUGGAUGUGAUGUUGCCUCGCACUUUUACUCAUACAGUUUUGCAUUGAACCCGAACUGGUCACGAAAAUACUCCAUGCGUCCAGAAAUCCAGGCCUACUUUCGUUCCGUAGCUGAGAAGUACAGAGUCGUUGAACACGUCCGCUUCCAUUCCAUUGUUGAGAAAGCAGUCUGGAACGAUAUUGACAACGUCUGGGAGGCAACCAUCCUAAACUUACAAACCAAAGAGCGAACAACGAGGCGAGCGAAGGUAUUAGUCUCGGGUGUCGGCUCACUAUCAGUUCCGAAGACGUGCGAUCUACCCGGAGUAGAGACGUAUGAGGGCAAGUUGUUUCAUUCUGCCCAGUGGGACCACAGCUUCGACUGGAAUGACAAAGAUGUUGUUGUACUUGGCAAUGGCUGCUCAGCGACUCAAUUUGUUCCUAUCAUGGCUAAUGAACCCAAUCCUGUGCGUAAACUUGUACAGUUCGGACGACAGGCGCAGUACCUCGCAGAACGUCAGAACCCACAUUAUUCGGAAACGUUCAAAGCCGUGAUGCGCUACGUACCAUUCGCAAUGCGCCUCUACCGCGCAAAGUUCUACUUUGACAUGGAGCGCGACUGGAGUGGGUUUGAUAUCGAGACGGGUCGUAGUAGACGACAAAAUCUAGCGAAAGAGAAUGAGGCAUAUGUCAAGAGCAUGGCGCCGCCAAAGUACUGGAACGCGCUCAUUCCAAAGACCGAGAUUGGAUGCAAGCGGAAAGUGCUGGACACAGACUAUCUGAAGACAUUAUGGAGGGACAAUAUCGAGCUCGUUUCCGACGAUCCCGUCGAGAGAAUUACCGACAACGGUGUAGUGACAAGGAGCGGCCGCGAAGUGAAGGCGGAUGCAAUUGUGCUUGCGACCGGAUUUGCAACACAGCAGAUGCUAUGCCCGAUGGAGAUUGCGGGGCGUGACGGACUUAGCCUGAACAGAUAUUGGGAAAAGACUUCGCAAGGUGUUGCGCAAGCAUAUUUUGGAACUGUGGUCCCCGAGUUUCCAAACUUCUUCAUCCUCAUGGGGCCAAACACUGUCACUGGCCAUCUGAGCGUCAUCUACACCGUCGAAUGCCAGAUCAACUUCACCCUCCGACUCCUCGAGCCUAUCUUCAAAUCACUCCCAUCAUAUCGGUCGCGGUCAUUCAUUCCCCAGAUGCUGGCGCCACCGCCAGCGACUGUGGAAGUCAAGUACGACGCCGCAAUUGCAGAUUCGCACUGGACACAACAGGCAGCCAGGAAGCUAGUUUGGGCUUCUGGCUGCGUCAACUGGGCUGUCGAUCCCAAGACAGGCCUGAAUAACAUGAUGUACCCCGAUUGGCAAUUCCUAUAUUGGUUCAGGAGCAUAUUUUGGAAGAAGAACGACUUUGUUUAUCGAAACGAGAAGACUGGCGAAGAGUUCCGACCGGGCACAGGCAAGAAAAUCUUUUGGCUAGCCACUGCAGGAGCACUUGCGACAAGCGCCUUCUUAGGACGAGACUGGAUCCAGGACGAACUGCUUCGGAGACUAAGAAACUUCGAUGCUAGGUCACUGGUUCAGAGGUUGACUACCUGAACUGUCGUGCAUGAAUGUGGUAGUGAGUCGCUGCAUGACUGGGUGGGAUGACAGUGCGACCAUCCUCAUAACCCACACCUCCAGGCAGCAACGUCGUCCGAAAGAGGCAGCGAAGAGCUAGAAUACCCACAGGAUGGAACAGGUGGUAUUAUAUCUUACCUUCGAAGCGAUUUUCGUG